AUGUUCUCCCACAUCUAUAGCAUCUGGGAGAUGGCAGCCAGACUGUGCCUGCAGGUUGAGGGGAAGAUGGUUCGUAGGACAAAGGGUAACAUAGACGACUCACUCAGUGGUGGAAAUGCCUCCUCUGAAGACCUCAAGGGCACAGUAAUCACUGGUGUUGGUCUUGGUGUUGUCAUGAACAAUCAUUUGCAGAAAACUAGCUUCACAAAAGAAAUCUAUAGGAAGUUCCUCAAAGCCCUGAUAAAGAAGUACAUUGAAGAUUACAUGAAAUCAAUCAAAGGGAAAUGUGAAGAGUCAAGACAGAAAAGAGUAAAGCCUUUUAUGACAGAGGCUGCAGAACAAAUUAAGCAUGUCCUUGCCAAUUUCAAACACUAUCAGCUCUUUAUAGUUGAAAAUAUGAAUCCAGAUGCCAUGGCUGUUCGGCGGAACUAUGUUUGA